GUUCACUUACAUUUUAUUACUAAUGUAUUUUUUGACAUUUAGUCUGGCCAAAGGCUGUGCCAAUAAUAAUAAAGAACCAGAAUAUGUCACGCGGCUAAAGAAACUUUUAGAAGAUCUGUGUCCCAGUUCAAAAAAGCCUCCGGCAGGAAACAAUACAGUUUAUGUCUUUAUGGAUGUAAGAAGAAUCAGUUUCGAAGCCGAUAAAGAAGUGUUCACUACUCAAACCAAUUUCAAUGUUACUUGGAGAGAUGAACGACUAAAGUGGGAUCCAGACAAAUACCACGGUAUCAAGGAAACUGAAAUAGGACACUUUUUAGGUUGGAUUCCAAAAUUUGAACUAAUCAAUGUGGCAAAAUUCCUCAACCAGGUAUCGACCUUUCAUUCUUGUAAAAUCUAUAACACGGGAGUCGUUACAUGUCGAUACAGAAUGUUGUAUGAAAUACGGUGUGGCGUCAAACUCACUAACUGGCCUUACGAUGUUCAAGAAUGCAGUUUGGAAUUUAGUUAUGAGUACAUGACAGUAAACCUUAGAACCGGCAUAUCUGGCGAAUAUACAGCUGGAUGGCACGUUUCUGAAAUAAAACAAGAGAAUAAUGCGAGUGGCAAGCCAGGAGUGACAGUGACUUUGGUGCUGGUGAGGGAAGCGGCUGGAUUGUCUGCGAUCUUCAUAUACCCUGCUUUAGUGUUGACUGUGCUCAAUAUUGUGACGCUGUUCUUAGACGUGAGACGCAAUGUAAGGCUAGCAGUUGGCUGCUUCACUUUGUUUGGACAUUAUUAUUUACUGAUGCAGUUAGACAUUGACAUGCCUAAAGGUAACGCCUUUACUCCUACUAUACUGUUGUACUACCGCGAUUCUAUUAUUUUGACUAUUAUAACCAUUCUAUUGACUUUCUUUCUGACCAAACUUUGCAGUGUAAGUUCAAAGCCUCAUAAUUAUAUCAAGAUAAUUAAGAAUUUUGUGUGUGAUAACAAGUAUUCUAACUAUUUUGUGUUUCCUAAAUGGGAAUCUGAUGAUGUCACCGUUGAUUUUAAAUCUUCUAAUGAAGAUUAUGUAAUUUUUGCAAACGUAGUGAAUAGUGUUUUUAUGUUUUUGAUUGUUUUUGCUUAUUUUGGUUUAUUUAUAAGCAAGAUUCCGAAAUAGAUUAUAAGAAUAAUGUAAGUAAUAAUAAAGUUCGUUAUUGAUAUCGUUUUUAAGUUUAAUAUAAAAGUAGAAGAUGUCGAUGCCUCCAUCUCAAUUAUGUUAGUAAUAUCAGAAUGUAAUUAUAUUCAGAAUGUAAGGAUACUGAAUAUGACACAAAGCUAGAGGUAUAUUUAACGAUAUAAAACUAGAUAAAGAGUAAAGCGACUCAUCAAAUACAGGUAAAGGUUAAAAAUAAAAGCACGUUGCUAGUGAUAAGUGCGCUAGACCGACUAAAUCAAGACUGUAAUCAAAGGUCCAUUGCAUGAUUGCAGAAAUAAGGUACAAAACAGACGAUGUAAUUUGCAGCUGACAUGACAACCAGCACCACCCUGCCUGGACAGUGGUGAUGAAGAAAUGUUCCAAUAUCAAACCAUUGGACAGAAUUUUCGAUUGAACAAAUAUUGAACUGUACACUUGUCGUUUAUUGUUAUCUUAUGAGCAGAACAACCAAUAAAUUCAAAAUCAAAUCAUUCAUUUCAAUCAAACCAUAUACUAGAUCGAGCUCAGUAGCAUGCCAAUGCCAAGGAAAGGCCUAUGUCCAACAGUGUACGAGAACAGGUUGUUGAUGAUAUACUACAUACAUACAUGACGAAAACGAUAAAUAUUUUAACG